AAGUCCUAGUGGGUGUUACCAGAAGAUUUCGUAGGAUUUACAAACGUAAUAUAACCGUGAUUGACAUUAGACAACGACGGAGCCGGGUGCGAUAGACAUGCUACGAACAGAACACGGAUUACGUUGGGUUGUAAAGACGCUGACAUUUAGAUAAAGCACAACCUUUAGUGAGUUUCCUUUUAUUCAGUUUUUUCGCAAACCACCGGCGGUUGUCAGUGUCAGUGACGACGGUUUCUAAACUUUUGUUUUGAGUGUCGGCAUUGGACCAAUCCAUAAGUGUCUAUAUGUGACAGUAGCGCUAUUUUUCCGUUUGCUUUCGAGAUGGCAGAAGUACCUUCGUCGCAACAGUUGGUUGAUAUAGACCCAGAUUUCGAGCCGCUCCCCAGGCAGCGUUCAUGCACCUGGCCUCUGCCUCGACCGGAGUUCAUCGACCCGGCCAACUCGAACACAUCUUCACCAGCGCCUUCAGUCAAGCAGGAGCCGGGGGGGAAUGUCGAUUUCAUCAGUAAUCUAAGCUUGUUGGAGGAGUCGGAGGACUACCCGGAUCCGAAACCGAUCGUUUUAUGCAAUGAUUUCCAGUGCCAAGAGAACUGCAUACACCGGCAGCAGCAACAACAUCCACAGUUACAGCAGCCAGGACCUCAGCUGCCGCCCCAGCAACAGGUGCCCCCGCUUUCGUCCCCCAUUGGGGUGAAUCCAGUGUCUGCUGCUGCGCAGAGAAAAAGCAGCUCGUCGCGCCGUAACGCCUGGGGGAAUAUGUCCUACGCGGAUCUCAUCACCAAGGCCAUUGAGAGCUCACCGGAGAAGCGACUCACCUUGUCGCAAAUCUAUGACUGGAUGGUGAAGAGCGUGCCUUAUUUUAAGGAUAAAGGAGACAGUAAUAGCUCCGCAGGUUGGAAGAACUCGAUUCGGCACAACCUGUCCCUCCACAGUCGUUUUGUGCGUGUGCAGAAUGAGGGGACGGGGAAGAGCUCCUGGUGGAUGCUGAACCCAGAGGGAGGGAAAAGUGGGAAGUCCCCCCGACGUAGGGCUGCCUCCAUGGACAACAACAGCAAGUUCACCAAGAGCAGAGGGCGGGCUGCCAAGAAGAAGGUGGCACUCCAGGGUGGGGUGGAUGAGGGUGCAGAUAGCCCGGGAUGCUCCCAAUAUUCCAAGUGGCUUGGUAGCCCCAUCUCCCAUAGUCACAGCAAUGAUGAUGAGGCCUGGACUACCUUUCGGACACGCACCAGCUCUGAUGCCUCCACCCUCUCCGGCCGCCGCUCACCCUUCCUGGAACAGGACGUGGAUCUAUCAGAGGCUGACCUCCACAUGGGCUACCCCGGAGGAGCGGGGCCUAAGGUGGCCUCCAUGGCAACCCUGCCCAGCCUAUCGGAGGUGGGCCUGGCUGGCUCCAUGGGGGGUCAUCACCACGGUCACCAUGGGACAGAGAACGUCAUGGAGAGUCUCCUUGACAACCUCAACCUGCUAUCCCCUAAGAAUCAAGCCCAGCUUGGGGUGGGCGGCGGCGGGGGUCCUGGGUCUGGGCCAGACUCGUCCCGCUCUUCGCCUUCCUCCAUGCUUCAGACCAGCCCCUAUAGCUCCCCCUCUAUGACCCCUCACCCACAACAGCAGGACUACAGGAAGUGCCUCUACAACCAGUCAAUCCCCAUGCAGACGUUGCCAGAGAGCAAGCCACCAGGAUCCUUUGCUCCCUUCCUGAGCCAUUACAACUGCCCUGCUGGGCUUCUCAAGGAGUUGCUGACCACUGAUGUAGCUGAUCCCCGUGGGGGCAGUGGUGAGGUCAUGCCCUCCAUGGACACUGUAGUGUCCCAGUCUGGGAGAGGUGGUGGAGGAGGAGGCGGAGGGAGGAUGAUGCCCAACUACGGUAGCCAGGGUCAGGUGGGACCGGUGGCAGGGCAUGGUGGAGUGAAGAUGAUGGGUCCCCUUCCUCACCAACACCCACAGCACCCGCGGCCUCUCCACAGCCAGGGUGCUCCACCGUCUGGGCCGGCCAUGAACGGCUGUGGCCUGAUACCCCUGACUAGCCUGAACCACGCUGGGGGCCCGGCACGUCUUGCCAACCUCAGGACACAUAUACACCCGCUACAGCCGCAGCAGCCCAACGGUGGCAGUGGUGGUGGGGGUCACCGAGCCUCUGGCCAUCAAAGCCACGGUCCGCACCACAGCGGGGCACCUCCGCCGAGCUACAACAGCAGCCCAAAUGGUUACGGGAGGGCCGGUCUGGGCCAUGGCUCCACUCACCUCCAGGCCCACCACCACCACCAGCACCACCACCAUCAAGAGAGGCUGCCCAGUGACCUAGACGACAUGUCCAUUGAGAGGUUUGAGUGCGACAUGGAGUCGGUGCUCCACGACACCCUGAUGGAUGGAGACUCACUGGACUUCAACUUUGAUCCAAUGGUGACCUCUCAAGGGUUCAUUCAGGGAGUAGGAGUGAAGACAACAACACACAGCUGGGUGUCGGGUUAGGACGAACAAAUACCCCUCUAAAACGGAGUGUGCGAGUGAGUGGGUUUUAGUGAAUGCAUCACUGGCCUUUCAUCAUUCUAAUGCAGGUUUCCCCAACUGGGGUAAGUCGGGAUAAAUUUGGACUGCAGGUGGUUUUAUUUUGCCACCCAAAGAAAUCAGUUCAAAGUGAUAUUCAUUUUUGCAGCCAGUUCUCAAUUAUUCUCACAUAGAUUAGAGAGACAUACUAUGAUAAUAUACUAAUGUAAGGAAGGUCAAUUUGAGGUAUCCAAAUAUAUUCUGACCUGUCUUCUGGCAUUCCAACUGUUCGCUCAUGAAAACAUUCCUGUUGUUGAAUGUAGUUGAUGAUCCACUGUCGGAAGAAUCCAUGCCACUCUCCAAAGAAAUCUGUAUUCAGCUUUUUCCAAUUAUUUUCCAAUUAUCCUUUGAAGAUCUGUAAGGUGCAUUAAAUAAGGUGGAUAAUCCAUCACUAAACUUUGUAUGCCCAUCUAGACCCUUUUGAUUUUCAAAGAUCCAAGGGGAAGGGUAAAGAGGAAGGUGCUAGCUGCAACUCUGCUAGUUUGGAGGGAAAGUCUGAAGUUGGCUUUGUAAAUACAGCAGUCAGUUAAUUUACUUCAAGAGGACAUGAAAGAAGCUGGUGACCAUUUUAAAGACCCAUAAAGUAAUGUUUUAUUGUGAUUUUUAUUUUAUUUUUAUUAUGUUGUUUAAGUUUUUUGGAUUUCUCUUAAUGUUUUUGCAAAUGUGUAUUUUUUUAUGUUCAGUGGUUCUACAGAUACAACGUCACACGAAAUCAGGGCUAGUUUAAGCUCUCACAAAAGAACUGGAACGGAGUUGGUUCUUUUCACCAUUCAAGUGGGGUUUCUCCCACCCUUCAGGGUGCUUUUCAACAAGAUUGUCAAAAGCAGUUUGCAUAUUUUGUAUGAAUAAAAUAUCACUGACAUAAAAAAUGCUAAAAUACAUCAAACAUGCUGUA